AUGAAUUCCUUUCUCCUGAACAGAGCCCUCGGGUCUGUUGACUCCAAUACUUUCCAUGUCGCCCAAAAAACCCGGCUAGUACACAAUCUCGAGCCUGCGCCAGGCAUUCAGUUCUCCAGUCGCAGAGCCACUCGGAGGAGUGAGUCUCGAGGGGAGGCUACACCUUUGGAUGAGGAACAUGAUCCUCCAGAAGAUGACGAGGUUGCCCACAAUUCUGGUGUGAACUGCUUGGCAAUUGAUAAAUUUGAAGGUCGAUUUAUGAUAUCCGGAGGCGCAGAUCCAACCAUCCACCUUUGGGACCUCGAGAGCAGAGGAUCAGAACUUGAUCACGUCCAUCGAUCCUCCGCAUCAGUUAGCAAAUCAUCACAUCCGGACGCGCACACCCAUGCCAUCACUUCAUUGUCUAUCUAUCCCUUCGAUCCCGAACCAUCCACCAUCUUCUCAACUUCCUACGAUGGCACACUAAAGCUUUCGGCCCUACAGUCACCAGCAAUAACUCCCGUCCAUACAUUCAAACUCGAUUGCACACCCUACGCGCACUCCUUUUCUUCUCAGCCGGGGUCCACAUUGUUGGUUGCGGUCGCAACGUCGGAUCAAGCCGUGCGCUUGGUAGACUUGCGCUCUGGCCUCGCGGCACACGGUCUACCCGGACACAACGCUGCAGUGCUCUCGGUAGACUGGGCUCCUCACCGACCACAUCUUCUUGCCUCGGGCUCCGUGGAUAACCGUGUGAUUAUCUUCGAUGUGCGCCGUGGAGGCCAUAACUCGGCUAUUGCGACGCUGGAUAUGGAUGAUCCGGUAGGGCUGGCAGCUCCAGGCUCAGUCCCCACAGCAUCAUUUGAGCCCCGACCAGCGUACUCCCGGCACGCUCGUGCCCACAAUGGGGCUGUCACUGGUGUAAGGUGGACAUCCGAUGGCACACAUCUUGUCACUACGGGCCAAGAUGCGCGUAUCCGAGUAUGGGAUGCAGCCAGUGGGGCAAAUACCUUGGUUCAUUUCGGGCCCCGCGUUCGGAAUUCCACCUCAUCUUAUUUAGCAGAGCGGGCUCCGCUGGUGGUACCUAAGGGAUUCAUGGCGCCGGGACACGAAACCCUUUUAUGGCCCAACUUCCAUGAACAGGAUGAUCGCGGCGAAAUCUUCAUGUUUGAGCUCCGCGAGGGAACGUUUAUCAAGCGCCUCCGAGUCCCUGGUAUGGCGAUCGGUGCACACGGCCGCAGCAGAUCUAGUGCACUCAGUGCUGCACGGAUCAAUGAUCUUGUCUGGCGUGGGAAUGGUGGCUCGGGCGAAGGUCUGGAAUUGUUCUCUGCGCAUGGCGAUGGAACUAUCCGUUCCUGGGUUUCCCGAGAACCUGACGGGGAACCCACUGAAGAGGAGGAAGCGGCACUUGCUGAUCGUAAGAGAAAACGUGAUGUACUAGAUGACAUUUACCAGGGCUUCCUUGAGCCUGAAACAUCCAAAGUUCACAUCUAA